CUCGGCCUUCAUCUUGAGCCUCAAUCUGUCCACGAGAACGGGGACAGCUGGCACGCAGGCAAGAUGCCGAUGACCACACCCAUCGACAUGUCCACGGCUAGACGAAAUGGGACGCUUCUGAAGGAGAGUUUUACUCUCUCCCACGUGGCAGGUGACCCGGUUCACUCAAAGACUCAACGCCGAGUAGUUCUUCCCAGCAACAGUCCUUCAUCCGCUUUUGCCUCUAGGGAGAAGCGGCGGCAGACUACUUCGCUAUCCCCUGAGCCCACCGAAAGUGUGAAUAAGGAGCCCAAGAGGCGGAGAUUAAAUGAACAGAGCUGUUCAUACUGCCGCAAAGACAAGGAAAAGUGUUCGCCGUUAGAACGCAGCUGGCCAGACGUAAAGUGCGACCGUUGUAUUGAAAAGAGCUUGUCUUGUUCAGAACCGCAAACCAACCCCAGUAAACUGAACGGGCCUAAAGACAGACCGCAUGGGGUUGGCAGUCGCCCAGGCACCCCGAGUGAUGAUUCGGGUUUCGAUGAUGAUGCGUCCCAAACUGUACACCCUCUUGCGCCAGUCAAGCGCCUAACCGAGGCUCAAAAACCAUACCCAACCCCCUCGAACUCUAUCAGCAGCCUCGAUGCGCCAGUGAAAUCAGCUUCGAUUACCGAUAAUUCUUCCGCAGCUUGGGUUUCUCAAUCAGUCGAUAAUAGUUCCAGAAAAUCCCUUCCUGAUGUCGUCACCCCUGUAGGUCAAGAUUCGUCUCGUCAUUCAUUUGUACGGCCAUCAGCGGAUGGGGUGGAUCGCCCUGAACUGGUAUGCCCCGUAUGCCAGAAACCUGUCAAAACUCAAUCCGAAUUGAAAAAGCAUGACCUUCGACAUAGGAAACCAUUCAUUUGUCGGUUCCCUGGAUGUCCCCGCACAGAAGGAUUCAGUACAACCAACGAUCUCGACAGGCAUAUGAGGUCAAAGCAUCAAUCUGGUGCUUUGGCUACAGCACCAGCGAAAUUAUAUCGUUGUCUCGUUUCAGGUUGCAAAUCGAGUGAGAAAGUCUGGCCUCGAGGGGACAACUUUCGAAGUCAUCUUAAACGCGUACACGGCCAUACAAUUUUUUCGGAUGAAGAGUUCGAGAAGUUGGUCCAUCGGGGAGAGUUCACCCCUGAUCCUGCCACGUUUGCGAGGAGCGAUUCGAUCAGAUCAGCGCAAGAAGACUCUCAGGAGUCGGAACCUCCCGAAACGUUCUUCCCCGAUAGCCGGCGCAAAGAAAGCCCUGCCCCUUUGACUGCAGCGCAGGUGUUGGUAAAACCUAGCCUGGACCUAAACGUCAGCAAGAAGGGUAGUUCAAAUAACGCUCAUGUUCCCAAACGACCCCGCCCUACAGGUGUGACUACUGAAACAGAAUGGAAAAAACCCGACCAAGCUUCUGCGAUUCUCCCCCAAAUGGUUGAAAGGCUUAUGGCCCGAAAUGAGUACAGUUACAAAGCUCUUCUUGAAGACGAGACCAGAAUGCUUGUUCUCUUACCCGGGGAAAAGGAUGAGAUCAUUCAAUGCCGACUAUUACCAUUAUCUACCAAAACUCCAAAGGUCUCCUAUGAAGCCUUGUCAUAUUGCUGGGGAGAUAUUAGAACGUCAAAGGAGAUCCGCAUCCAAUGCUUGAAAACACAAGGCCCCAAGCGUUCUCUCAAAGACUUUGUAAGAGCGAAGCGUUUCAUCCCAGCCAAUCUGCACUCUGCACUGCUGCACCUACGAGAUUCUUCAUUCCCGAUCUACCUUUGGGUGGACAAUCUUUGCAUCAAUAUGAAUGAUAGUCGAGAACGGGCACAUCAAGUCUCGAAGAUGGGACAAAUUUAUCAACAAGCCAACAACGUCUGCGUUUGGCUUGGAGAAAGCGACGACUCGAGUAAAUUGGCUUUGGAAUUCAUUCCACGAAUCUUGAACUUGUCAUCACUUGAUAAUGAAGUCCGCGAUGGAUCAAAACUGGAUUCGUGGAGGGCUUUGAGGGAUCUUAUGUCACGCAAAUGGUUCAGCCGCCGUUGGGUCAUUCAAGAAAUUGCAUUUGCCAAGAACUCUACAAUACACUGUGGUGACGAUAUUAUUCAUUGGGCCGAUUUUGCCGAUGCAGUUGGUUUAUUCGUCUCACGAAUGAAUGAAAUCAAACUUCCCGAUCAGCAGCGGAGUGGUGGGUAUCCAGCGGCUGGAUGGUCCAGGUUUGCCGAGAGAAUUGUGGAGUAUAAUCAGAGCCUAAUCCAGAGAUCUGACAACGGCGGACAGUUUGAACCAACUUUCGAUUUGGAAACGCUUCUAUGGACAUUCAAAGACUUUGAUUGCACAGAAGCACGAGAUCGCGUCAACUCAUUGCUCGCUUUGGCAAGAGAUGUCCCUCCUCUUGAAUAUAAUAAUGCGGGCUCUAUUUCAUCUUUGGACUACGAAGCAGACAUCACGGACGUGAUUCAACGUUGCGUAAUGCAUUGCGUUAAUGUCAGCAAGUCACUGGACAUCAUUUGCAGGCCUUGGGCCCCUAUAGUCUCUAGAGUCCUCCCGAGCUGGAUCGCCACCGUAGCGGGUUCUGCCUUCGGCGUGCUUGGAGAUGGUUCAUUUGGCCGCAAAAACGGAGACAGUCUGGUUGGCUCCCCCAACCGCGAGACUUACAAUGCUUCCGCUGGACGAUCGCUUGUGGAUCAUGAUUUCAACCAGGGUAUUCUGCUUGUCCGCGGCCUUAACGUGGACACCAUAGGCGCGUGCCUGCCUCGAGCUAGCGGUGGAAUAGUAUGGAGAGAAGCUCUCCACAUGGCGGGCUGGAACGAACAAUCCGACAAAUUCUACUCCGUUCCAGAGAAGCUUUGGCGGACGUUAGUUGCAGACAGGUCGCCGGACGGAUCUCCCCCGAAGAGUUGGUACCGGCGGGCGUGCCUCUACACUCUUGCCCAGACCUCCUCAUCUGGAGUUCUCGAUACCUCUGUUUUGAUCAAGUCUGGGGGACCUUCGAUAAUGGUUGAGUUCUUGGAAAGGGUACAGAGCGUGGUAUGGAAUCGCAAGUUCUUCACAACGAGCACUGGAAAGUUUUUUGGACUUGGGCCAGAUGGAUUGCAGAAUGGCGAUGUCAUCGCUGUGUUGUAUGGUUGCAGCGUUCCCGUUGUUCUGAGGGCCGCGGACCACAAGAUGCAUUACAAGCUGGUGGGAGAAUGCUAUAUCCAUGGGCUCAUGGAUGGACAGGCCGUCACAGACCCGAAUCUUCGGGAUGAAUUAUUUCAUUUGGUUUGAAAAAUACGUUGGUCAAUAUAUUGCAACUAGAAAUUAGUUAGCAUUUGAGACAGCUGCUUUGGCAGAGCAGUACAUGGCUGGAUGGGCGCAAUCGUUACAUCAAUAUACCAUAGCCUCCUUAUAUAGUCUCUUAUAUAUUUCACAAACAGGAACGGAAUCAAGGAGCAAGAUGGACAGGAAGUUUACCCUCAAGUUCGAUAUUCAGAGUAGCAACCAUCACCUUCACGUGUUUCUGGAGCACAACAAGAUGCACUCCUCGAGGAUUCAGUUGACCGCCUCAAUGGAAUGACUGACCAGUACUGAAAUGGAAUGAAUGACCAGUACUGAAAAGCAAGAGUAUCAC